AUGAAUCCAAAGGAACCUCCUGAUGUCUACAGUAUCGAACUUGAUAAUACAGAAACCCAACCAGAAGAAAAGAAGAGAAGAUUUUUUCAUAAAAAAGGAAAAUCUGAGAAAAAGGUGGAAAACCUGAAAAAAGAACUGGUGAUUACGGAUCACAUGUCAACAGUUGAUGAUCUGGAAAAGAAAUACUCCGUGGAUAUUAAGCAGGGUGUGAGCUCUGAGAACGCUGAGUUACUCCUCAAACAGAAUGGACUUAAUAAGUUAACUCCUCCAAAAGGAACCCCAGAAAUUAUAAAAUUCCUUAAACUGAUGGCUGGUGGAUUUUCCAUUGUCUUUUGGAUUGGAUCAAUUUUGUGCUUCAUGGCUUAUGGUCUCCAGGCUGCUCAGGAUCCUACUGUGUCCAAAGAUAAUUUAUGGUUGGCCAUCAUCCUAAUUGCUGUAGUGGUUUUGACAGCUGCCUUCGCAUAUUAUCAGGAAGCAAAAAGUACAAACAUCAUGGCUGGCUUCAAGAACAUGGUGCCACAGCAAGCGUUGGUACUACGUGAUGGGAAGCGUGUUGAGAUAGCUGCAGAGAAAUUGGUGCUUGGGGAUAUUGUCUUCGUAAAAGGUGGAGACAAAAUCCCUGCAGAUCUGCGCUUUUUGGAGGUCCACGGCUGCAAGGUUGAUAACUCGUCACUGACAGGCGAAUCAGAGCCACAACCUCGAAGUACAGAAUACACAGAUGAAAAUCCUCUAGAGACCAAGAACUUGGGAUUUUAUUCCACCACUUGCUUAGAGGGUGCUGCUAAUGGAAUUGUGAUUAACACGGGUGACCAAACCGUGAUCGGUCGUAUUGCAUCUUUAGCCUCACAAGUUGGAGAUCAGAAGACGCCUAUAGCUCUGGAGAUUGAACACUUUGUAACAAUGAUCAGUGCCCUCGCUGUGUUUGUUGGAGGUGUCUUCUUUAUCAUUUCAAUCGCCAUGGGAUAUAGUGCCCUUAACGCUAUCAUAUUCUGCAUUGGCAUUGUAGUGGCUUACGUUCCUGAGGGUCUACUAUGCACUGUCACCGUCUGCCUCUCACUCACUGCACUUCGUAUGGCUAAGAAGAACUGUCUUGUGAAGAACUUGGAAGCUGUGGAAACUCUUGGGUCCACGUCAGUCAUUUGCUCUGACAAGACCGGCACUCUGACGCAGAACCGAAUGACUGUGGCACACAUGUGGUUUGACAACAUAAUCCACAAUGCAGACACCAGUGAAGAACAGAUAGGUGAAAUGUUUGAUCAGAGCUCCCCCACAUGGCAGUCACUGCUUACGAUCGCCACUCUUUGUAACCGAGCAGAGUUCAAUGGUGGUCAGGAUGAUGUGCCCAUAAAUAAGAGAACUGUCAAUGGAGAUGCCUCUGAAGCAGCUAUAUUAAAAUUUACAGAGCACCUCUUGGGGAACGUUAUGGAGGCAAGGCAAAGAAGUUGCAAAAUUGUUGAGAUUCCAUUCAACUCAAGUAACAAGUACCAGGUCUCCAUUCACGAGCCAGAGGACUUCAAAUUGAAUGGGUAUCUUCUGGUGAUGAAGGGAGCACCAGAAAGGAUACUGGAGAGAUGUGAAACCAUCAUGAUGAACGGUCAGGAAUGGCCUCUAGAUGAAGAAAUGAAAGACAACUUUCAAAAGGCGUAUAUGGCUCUGGGGAGUCUUGGAGAGAGGGUUCUAGGGUUUUGCCAUCUACAACUGCCCCCUUCGGUGUACACAACUGGCUAUCCAUUUGAUACAGAAAAUGUGAAUUUCCCACUCACUGGGUUGUGUUUUGUUGGCCUGAUUUCUAUGAUUGAUCCACCUCGGUCCAGUGUUCCAGAUGCUGUCAUGAAGUGUCGAAGCUCUGGUAUCAAGGUUAUUAUGGUGACUGGAGACCAUCCAAUUACAGCAAAAGCUAUUGCACGGAGUGUGGGCAUCAUCUCAAGUGAAAGCGAGACAGCAGAAGACAUUGCAGAGAGACUACAGGUUCCCAUUACAAGUGUUAACCGCAGUGAUGUUCGAGCGAUUGUGGUGAACGGUGCCGAGAUACUUGACAUGAGCUCAGCAGAACUAGAUGAAAUCCUACGACACCAUCAGGAAAUUGUGUUUGCAAGAACUUCACCGCAGCAGAAACUACUUAUUGUUGAAGGCUGCCAAAGGCUGGGGGCGAUUGUGGCUGUUACGGGAGAUGGAGUGAAUGACUCUCCAGCUCUGAAGAAAGCGGAUAUUGGAGUAGCGAUGGGGAUAGCUGGAUCGGAUGCAGCAAAACACGCUGCUGAUAUGAUAUUGCUCGAUGAUAACUUUGCUUCGAUUGUCACAGGAGUAGAAGAAGGUCGCCUGAUAUUUGAUAACUUGAAGAAGUCGAUUGGAUACACAGUGACAAAGAAUAUCCCAGAGAUGAUUCCUUUCAUGGUGUAUGUGAUCAUCAGCUGUCCCCUGCCCCUCGGUACCAUCACUAUCCUCUUCAUAGAGCUGGGUACUGAUAUCAUCCCCUCCAUUGCGUUGGCAUAUGAAAAAGCAGAGAGUGAUAUUAUGACACGAAAACCACGGAAUCCUCUGAAAGAUCGUCUGGUGAAUCAGCAGUUGCUGUCAUAUUCAUAUUUUCACAUAGCUGCUAUGGAAUCCUUUGGUGGCUUUGUGAAUUACUUUACCGUGAUGGCUCAACAAGGCUUCCGUCCACUAACAUUGUUGGGACUAAGAGCAAACUGGGAAGCCACGACCAAUAAUGAGUUGGUUGACAGUUACGGACAGGAAUGGACGUUCACACAGCGCCAGUCUCAAGAGUGGUAUUGCUACUCAGCCUUUUUUAUCAGCAUUGUGGUUUGUCAGAUGGUGAACACUUUAAUUCGCAAAACAAGAAGGACCAGCAACAUAUCCACCAGAUUCUUCAAAAAUAAAGUCAUCUUCAUUGGCGUAGCAUCGCAAGUCAUUAUAGGGGCCUUCCUAUGUUAUUGUCCGGGAAUGGAUGUUGCUCUGCAUUUUAUGCCCCUUCGAAUUGAAUACUGGUUUGUGAGCAUACACUAUGCACUUCUCAUUUUUGUCUAUGAUGAAAUAAGGAAACUUCUGAUCCGAACAUUCCCCAACAGUUGGGUGGACCGUGAGCUUUACUAUUAAUAGCCGUUUUCACUGGGAUGGACCCUUAGCCACAAACUACUCUUUAAAGGAGAAU